AUGCAAGUCAAAAGUCACUCAAUCGAGUUCAGAGACAUCCCUCGUGAUCGAGCCGAUACCUCGGUCAGAGACAAGCCUGUCGUCACUUUCAAGGAGGACGUUAGUUUUGCAAAGGACAACGCUGCCUAUAGGAAAGACGGAGCAAAGGGCAACAGUGAAGAGAACAAUGGCGCCGUCCCUGCAAGCAAGAAGCCGGAAAUCAAGACUCUCUACAUUGAAACUACAUUAGGCGAAACCCUUUGGUUCGAGGAUGAGUCCCGUUAUUCUGUGAGGAAAAUCGAAGUCGAGGAUGUUAAGAAAUUUGCCGUGAUCCAUAUACGGUAUAUAGCAGACGGUCUCCAAAGUCACAGCAUCGUGAUCCAGUCGCCGCGCCUGCAGAAGGCUUUGAAACCAGUGUUUCAAUACGAUCCCGAAAUCGAUUCCACACCGCCGACAUUGCAGAUAAUGCCUCCGUUCGAUUGCUUCAUCCACGGAUUGGAACAACUUAAAGAUGUCAAAGAUGAAGAGGCGCAUCCCGAGACCAAAGCGUACAUGGGUCUGCUCUACAACAUGAUGGAGGAGCAGCUGAAGAAAAGUGUGAAAACCCGAGAACACUGCUUGAAAACUCGAACGGUUGCAUUCGCGGAUCUGUGGACUAUUUACUCCCCCGGUUGUGGAGUCUUGUAUCGCGGGCGCGAUGACAAUCCUGUCGGAGGUCGCCAGCCUGGAUACUGCGGUCAUCUUGAAGCGUUUCAAGUUAUAAGGGGGUCAUAUAAACCAACCAAGGACGACAAGCUACUUUAUGUUCUUAAAUGCAGGUUUAUCGGCAUGUGGCACGGCUUGGCCUGGUACCAAGCCGAGUUCGAAAUUCCCCAAUAUAAAGGGCAUAAAGAGUUCGCCUCCCUGCCCCUGCCUCCGCUCGAGGGCCACGAGCGUCAAUUGGAGUUUACAAAGCUGCUCUGCGGGAGAGGCCAGAAGUUUGUGAACCUUGUAACUUCCUCCUCGGCCUGCCGCAAAGACUACGAGAUAGCCGCCCCGUCGUGGCCGCAGUGUGACUGCCGACGAGGCGAAAUAGGGGUCAAGGGCCGCAUCAUGCUUGGUCGGAAGCACCGGGAGAACAACGGACUUUACUACGGGGGCUACAAGUUUCUACAAGGGCUGCAGGCCAACCAAGACGAUGUUGUUACAUCACCGUCGUCGUCGUCCGAAUCCUCCAGCACCCAAGUCCUGCCGACCCUGACACAGGACCAACUCAUGUACGCAUCGCCCGUCAUCCAUGUCUGGUCUUACCCAAAGCAAGUCUGGAUGGACUUGUUGGUCGACGUUGUCCGCGAUGUGCAAUUCAAUACACAACCAUUGAAGUCGGUGAUGCUGCCGGAAGCUGCACAUGCCAGCAUCCAGACUUUCCUUACAUGUAUGGCCGCGCGAGAGUAUCCCGACCAGGCCAUACACCUAGUCGGCGGGCCCGGCACCGGCAAGACGUGCACUGCUAAAGCCAUCGCCAAAGUGUGCCAAAAGAACCUCCACACCCUCAGCGCGGGUACGUUGGGCAUCGGGCCGUCCAGGGCAGACCGGAUACUACGGGAGCUUUUCGACAGGGCACGGACAGCGAACGCCUGGGUGUUUAUCAAGAGCAGCGACGAGUUUCUAAGGAAGCCGACGAUAUCUGACCCGAAGGCGUGGAAACUCCAGUCUACUUUUCGCCGGCAUGUCAAUGACUUCAAGGGCUUGGUGUUCUUCAGCAGCGACCGCAUUCAAGAUCUGGACCCAGACUUGCAGGGCAGAAUCUCGCUCCAGAUAGACUUUCCCGCUCUCGGGCCGGAACAGAGGGAGCAAUUAUGGACGUCAUCUUUGAAGGAGAGCGCGUUCCACUUUGGGCUGCGCAGACACCGCAAUCCGACGAAAGAUGAGAUGGACCAGCUGAGCCAUAUAGAUCUGAACGGGAAGCAGAUUGAGAAUGCGAAAAAGAAAUGGAUUUCGUCGGCCAGCCAUGCCGGACUGCAGCUGAAGAACCUAAUAUCUAUUGCGAGCGAGAUGCAGAACGUCGGUAGGGGAUGUCGGCCAGCACAUGAAUGGAUUGACGACGACGGCUACGGCUCCGGCUCCGACGAGAACCAAAUGGAUGACUGGGCCAGGUAG